AUGUGGCUUCCGUUCGUCAUCGUGGCUCUGCUGAUCGCCAUUUUGACCCUCUUGGUCUACAACCACUAUGCCUCCUUCACAUCACACCCCGUGUGGGUGCCCAUCACAGUCCUCACGGGAUUCUAUCUCUCCUUCUGCAUCGUUUUCCUGAUUCCCAUCGAUGUGUCAUCGAGCAUGUACAACACAUGCGAGGAACUGUCGGCGAAGGACUGCGAGAAGCCCUUCACCUACCUCGACGAAGAAACCCUGCUCAUCGUCUGGCGGGUCGUGUACUGGGUCACCUACUGCAUGUGCUGGACGGUCUAUCCGAUCCUGCAGUCGUACGCGCUGGCCGGAGGCUUCAGCGUGCUGGAGAAGCUCAAGACGGCCAUCGUCGAGAAUCUGCUCUUCUACGGCAUCGCCGGCGCGAUCCUCCUCGUGCUCCUCGUCAUCAUCGCCGCCAAGAAUCGACUCGACGGCUACGGUAUGAUGGGUAUCGGUAUCGCAGCGGCCAACGCGUGGGGUCUGCUGCUGGUCAUCCUCUUCCUGGGCUACGGCCUCGUCGAGAUCCCGCGCAAGAUCUGGCGAGCCUACUACCAGUUCAAGGCCGUCGAGCUUCACGACGAGCUCCUCAACUCGCAGGAGAAGCUGGAGAAGAUCCUCAAGACGGUCAAGAAGUUCGAAGAGCAGACACCGGAGGGCGAUCCCUGGCACCAUUACUGCCCCAAGGAGUAUUUUGAUAUUUACCACGGCGAGAGCGACAUGGAAGUCACCUACGGCAACCUGGUCAAGCUGAGCUCGGAGGUCCAGUGGGCCGCCCACGUCGCCCGGCGCAACCAGUGCCUCUACAAGGAGCUGCUCAACAGCGCGUUCCAGACCGAGGACAUCCUGCGCGCCCAACAGCAAAGCGGCACCUAUGCCAUCGAGUGGAGCUUCAAGACGCCCUAUUCCGGCAGAGGCGCCAAGUUUGUCCAUUUCUGCGAGUGGCUGUGGCGCGUGUGGCUGGAGUCGUUUGCGCUUCGGCUGGCGUCGUUCCUGUGCGUGCUGAUGGCCGCCACGGUGCUCUGGUCCGAGGUCACCUUCUUCUCGCGACACGACCCCGACCCCAACAGCGCCACCGAGGACAAGCCGACCGGCAUCGAUCUGUCCAUUUGGUCCAUCCUCAUCCACGCCAACGGCCUCUCCAACCUGGCUUGCCAGUUGUUCAUAUUCCUGUCGAUCACGUACAUGGCCAUCUGCGUGUACUGGUCGCUGUUCCGCCUGCGUCUGUUCAACUUCUACCGCCUCAUUCCGCACCAGCAGACCGAUCCCUCCUCCCUCAUGUUCUGCGCCCUGUAUCUCGGGCGUUUGAUCCCACCACUGGCCCACAACUACCUGGCCAUGAUCCACAACCCCGAUACCGCCUUUUGGAAGCUCAUGGGCAACAUGGCGGUGGUGCCCAUUCUCGGCGGCACCUUCAAUACCUACGUGCCCAUCAUGCUUGCCGUCGUGGUCCUCUUCACGCUCUUCAAUCUGUACUCCCGCAUCGCGUCCCUGCUUCGCAUCAAGCGCUUCCAGUUUUCGGAGAGCAUGAACGACGAGACCGUCGAGGAGGGCGGCGAGAUCCUGCGACGAGAACGCAGCAAGAGGGAGCGCAUGGCCAAGCAGGAGGCCACGGAGCGCAACUACAUGCCCACGGCGCUCAGCCCUCGCCGGCGGCGCGACGGACCUGGCGCCAAGACGCCCGCGGGACUGGACGACUACGUGAACGACCUCGACGUGCUGGCCUCCAAGGUGGAGCGGAAGAGGAAGAACAUGAACAACGUCGUUUUGACGACGACGAACACAUCACCACCAUCAAGAGAACGAAUGAACGUCCACACAUAG